AUGCGCUGCUGGACGUUCCUGGUGGUGCUCCAGAUUCUCAACGGCUCCUGCGCCUAUGCAGCAGAGAGCUGUGAGACCGAUGAGCUAGCGGCUGUUCAGGUGCUCCGUCGCAGUGAAGAUGCAAGACCCCGAAGGCUCAUUCGCAAGUUCAAGCGUGCCAUCUAUGAGUGGAGCAAGAAGAAGCACUACUACUACAAGACCACCACGCCUGCUCCGCCUCCGCCGCCCCCACCGUCUCCUCCCAGCCCAGGCUGCGGGAAGGGUUGCUGCACCUUCAACCGCAUCGGAUUCUUCCAGGCUUGUCAGCAGCUCAAUGCGACAUGCGACAACACGACAGAGACGUUCGAAGUUGAUUCAGUGGAUGUGACGGAGGACUUGAAGACAGCGGUCUACACCAGCUCGAAGGCAAACGCGGGCGUCUACACGGUAGGUUUCGUGGACAUCACCGAUGCGGCCGUGCCGACACUGCUGGGUACACUCGGAUUUGACACGCAGCCCACCGACGUGGCAGUGAAGGGCUUCCUCGCGCUGGUGACUUUCGACAAUGGAACCGAAACAGGUGAGCUCAAAGUGAUCAACGUCACGGACCAAAGCGUCCUGCGCACCAUCGAUCUUGCAGGUUUGCCCGACUCUGUGGACAUCAGCCCGGAUGAGACCUGGGCCGCCAUUACCAUCGAGGAGCCUGGCGUCCUGGAGCGCGUGAACAUCUCCGACCCGGAUCCCAUGGCCUGGACCACGGACAUCAUUAACCUCACCGGUCUCCCGGGAGUUCUUAACGCCAGCGAUCCGAGGCCCUCGCAGGUCGACAUCCGCUCGGACAACGUGGCGGUGGUCACACUGCAGGAGAACAAUGCCCUCGUCUUGGUGAACCUGACGAAUGCCUCCGUGAUCACCAGUUUCUCGGCUGGCGCCACGAACAUCACCGACAUUGACAUCUUCGAGGACCGGAGGAUCAUCUUGAACUCAACCCUGACGAAUGUCACCAGGGACCCCGACGGUGUGGUCUGGUUGGGCAAGAAGUCGGAGUUCUUCGCCACUGCGGACGAGGGAAUCACCGAAGCAGGAGGUAGCCGCUCCUUUUCGGUCUUCAAUGAGGACGGCGAGAUUGCCUUCACCUCAGGAAAUUUGCUGGAGCUCCUGGCUGUAAGGCUCGGGCACUUCCCGGACGAGCGCUCUGAGAUCAGGGGCAUCGAGCCUGAGAAUCUGGCAUAUGGACAGUUCCAGAACUGUGAGAUGCUCUUCGUCCAAUCCGAGCAGGCGAGCCUGACAUAUGUCUUCGAGGUUUCGAACGCAAGCAACCCGAAGUACCUGCAGGCACUGCCCUCAAUCAGGACCCCAGAGAAAGGGAGGGUUGUCCCACGAAGGAAUCUGUACAUUACAGCCUCUGAAGCUUCCAACCUCGACCUGGAUAUCCGAUCCGGCCUGAACAUCUACCAGUGCCAGUCAACGCAAUAUCCAUUCUUGGAGUCCAGAAACGUGAAUGGCCUGCCCAUUCCUUGGGGAUCUAUUGCGGGACUUACAGGAGAGGGUAAUGACACUCUCUGGGCCGUCGAGGGCGCGUUCUUUGCUGAGCCGCAGAUCCUGGAAAUCCAGAGUACCAGGCACCCCCCAAGGAUCAAUAGAGCCAUCAGCAUCACCUAUCCGAACGGCACCUUCUUGCAAAACCUCAACAUUUCCGGAAUCGACAUCAACGACGAGGGCUUCGUGAUCGUGGACCAGACGACAGAGAGCCUCCUGCUCCUCAACAACGGUGGUGUCCUCCAAGACUCUUUCGCAAUCAACAGCAGUGAUGCUCCAUCCGGCGUGGCAUAUGACCCAGAUGUCGGCUAUGUGGUCACUACGUACGGGGGGACGGUGAUAGUGUGCAACUUGACGACACCGGUGUGCGGCGAGAUGAACUACACUUAUCCCCUGGACGCUCCGGAGUCACAGGAUGGUGGGGUGGUCGCGCUUCGCGACAUUGCAGCACUUGGCGAUGGCCACUUCCUGUUCCUGGAGACGGAUGGCCAGGGCGGCUUCGACGCAGCCGUGCGGCGCAUUUACAAGGCAGAGCUACCAGAAGGCAAUGAGACGGUGAUUGAGAAGACCUUGGUGGAAGAUUUCUUGCUGGAGCUGCAGGACUUACGGGGACCUGUUCUGCAACGUUUCGACAGCCUGGCCGUCACCGGGGACUUGGAGGAGCCUUACACCACGGACAAGAUCACGCUGUGGGUCGUCAACGACAACGGUGGGACCGAUGACACCAACGGUGAGACGCAGCUGCUGCCUCUUAUCCAACACGUCUAUCAGUGA